AUGUCACGUGCCUAUGUACACGCUUGGGAAAGGCGACUUUGGACCGUCGCAAGCUACACUUCUCGUCGAUCUGGUCCAUUGGAUCACAUCCUCAAUGGGGUAAUAAUCUUCAAGCUUUCCAGCCAACCGACAAGGGCUGAAACCGGUGGAGCCAAUUCUGGAAUCUGGACCCACUUUGCGCCACUGCGGCGCAGUCCUGAACAUCCGACUGGAAAACCUGCACGCUCAGCAUUGUGGUCAGCACAGGCUCCCUUUCAAACUCGCCCAAGUCCUCCUGUCGUUCUCAUCUUGGAGCGACAUAUACGUCGAGGUUCUCUUCAAAUCAUACAUAGUCUACCCAUAGGCAACACAAUGACACGGAAACGUGAUCGUAAAAAGGGAAGAGAAGGAUUGAUUCGUGAUCAUCCUUCAGAAACCCCAAGCAUCAAGAGCCGAAGGAACCGAUAUAGGCAUAAUCGAUUAGUACGCCAUACAAACAUGGUCCUAAAUAGUCCAAACUUAAAAAAACAAUAUCAAGAUGUUAUUGUGGAACCUAAACCGGAUAAGGAAAAGUAUACAAACGAGCCAGGUCCUGGACAAGAGCCUGUUAUCCUAAAGGACCACAAACUCUGGGUAUUAUUGGAAAAGCGAUCUCGCAAGGUGGUUGCUCUUAUUCGUCAAACACCUUUCAAGUCUAUGACUUCAAAACAACGUUCCGAGUUACGAUUUCUUGCUAACUAUUUAGAUGAAGAGCGAGAGUUUUCGAACCCGAUCACGAGGAAAGGUGAUAUGCUGGGAGGAGAUCUGGGUACGGUGGGGUUUCACAAAGCGUUUCAUCCAUCAAAAGUGACUGGUCUUCGUCCCUGUAAGAGAGUACAAGGUAGUCGUAAACUGCUCACUUACUGGUGGAGACGAUGUGUACUUCGUCGUCCUAAAGUGCAAAACAUCUAUACACGACACUUCAAGUCCUUAUCGAAAUUUCUAUACAAAGAAACAUGCAAUCAAACUAAUCCCCACCAGAAAAAAGAUUCUCUUAGUUGGUCCUUGGGUAUCUUCUUACCAUACAACAACAAAACAGGCAAACUCGCCUACAAGCAUCAAGGUUUUGACGUUCAAGGUGGUGGUUUUUGGUGGCCAGAUCUUAAAUGUGGAGUCGAUUUUGGAUCAUGUGACGGGAUGACAGAAGUUUUAUGGCGAGGUAACAAAGAACUUGUAUGUACCAGACCCUCAAUCGAGCCUUCAGGAAACUUCACUCGAGUAGGAACUUCUUUUCAAGUUAAGACAAAGUACAAAAACGCCUGUGGUUCAAUUACAAAACGUUGGAAUUCUUACAUUAAUCCAGUCUUGACGAUAUCACAAAUCAAACAAAAGAAUUUGAAACGAAUUCGAUACAUUGGUAGUCCUUCAUUUUUAUAUAAGAUGUAUCUUAAACGAAUUGAACAGCAAGAAAAAGAAGCUUUAAGGAAAACCGGGUCUACAUAG